AUGUGGAAGACUUGCUCAGAACUGAGUAGACCAGAGGCUGUCAAAAUUCUAGCUAAAUCCGACAUUAUUGGUCAUGGGGGACUUAACCAACUAGGCGGGAUGUUUGUGAACGGGCGGCCACUCCCGGAGGUUAUCCGCCAGCGCAUUGUAGACAUGGCCCAUCAGGGUGUGCGUCCCUGUGACAUUUCCCGCCAGCUAAGGGUCAGCCAUGGCUGCGUUAGCAAGAUCCUGGGCCGGUACUACGAGACAGGUAGCAUCAAGCCAGGAGUGAUUGGCGGCUCCAAGCCCAAGGUGGCCACUCCAAAAGUGGUGGAGAAGAUCGCUGAGUACAAGCGGCAAAACCCAACCAUGUUCGCCUGGGAGAUCCGCGACAGGCUGCUGACUGAAGGCGUGUGUGAUGGGGACACCGUGCCCAGUGUCAGCUCAAUCAACAGGAUUAUCAGGACCAAAGUGCAGCAGCCAUUCAACCUUCCUCUGGACAGCAAGGGGCUCAGCCCAGGACAAACGCUCAUCCCCAGCUCAGCAGUGACUCCUCCUGAAUCUCCACAGUCUGACUCACUGGGCUCCACCUAUACGAUUAGCGGGCUCCUGGGGAUUACACAGGCCAAUGCCGAGGGCAAGAGAAAACAUGACGACAGUGAUCAGGAGAGCUGCCGGCACAGUGUGGACUCCCAGGGGAGUGGGGGCGGUACCCGGAAACAGCUCCGAUCGGAGCACUUCCAUCCCCAGCACCUGGAUGGCCAGGACUGCGGCUUUGAGCGGAACCACUACGGUCCCGACGCCUUCUCUUCAUCUGGCCACAGCAAGACAGAGCAGACUUUGUAUCCUCUCUCACUCAUCAAUGGCAGCUUAGAGGAAGGGAAAACGAGCCUCUCAACAUCAAGCGCUGCCAUUGGCCGCAAUCUGACAUCACAUCAGGGCUACUCUGUGGUAGCAGACCCCCUGCAGUGCCUCCCACUUUGUUUGAAGCAGGAAAUGUCACCAGAAGAGGCCAGUGCUGGCUCCUCCCCAAAUGUCAUGCCCAAUUCAGCCUUCCUGGACCUGCAGCCAAUUCCAGCUCCUAUCUCUGUCAGUAACAGUGGUGGAUGCUCCUCCCAUCUCACUCAUACCUUCAACUCAUUCUCCCAUCAUGGCCCAGUGUAUGGGCAGUUCAGCAGCCAGUCUCUUAUAGCAGGUCGGGACAUGGUGAGCUCGACGCUUCCUGGUUACCCUCCUCACAUUCCCGGCAGCGGUCAGACAAGCUUUGCUUCCUCUGCCAUCACCAGCAUGGUGGCAGGUACGGAUUACUCUAGCCAGGCCUAUACUCACUCCCCUUACACCUCCUACAGCGAGGCAUGGAGGUUUACAAACUCUGCCAUUUUGGGAUCACCCUAUUACUACAGCUCUGCGUCCCGUACUGCUCCCACCUCCACAACUGCUUAUGACCAUCUGUAGUUGCCACAGGAAAGCCCUGAUCCUGGACCAGAAUGUUCCGCAUCAUUUGUUGGAAAAAAUUAUUAAUCAUAGGUGAAAAAGAGAUGCACAGCAGGACAGCAACUCACCAGCACCCAAUGAACAAUAAAGGGAAUAGGAAACAGGAGACGCAUGAGCAGUUCUGUGCCAUUGGGGAAAGACAAUGAACCCUUUACCCAAAAAAGAAUAAGUGUCUGAAAUUCUGCCUUGCAUUCUGGUGGACAAGUACAUUCACCUUACUCUGAAAAUUCAGUAAUCACAAGAUGGAAGGGCUAGAAUAAUUAUCACAGUUUACCUAUAGUAUUGCUGAGCUGUAUACCCAAGUAUUACAGAGAUAAUGAUGGAUGGUGUAUCAUUGAGUGCAUGUUCUGGAAGCACAUUUCCAAAGUUAUGUUGAAUAUCUUCAGUAGAGUGUUGCAUCUCAUUUUACUGUUAGUGUCAUGGCAAUUACAAAUGUUUCCCAUCUUGGAUACACAAAAUGGCAGGAUCAGAGUUUGUCAUAGAUUGUUGAGAAACUGUACCUACAAUAACAUACAUUUUUCAUUUAAACAUUCAAGAUUAGACAACCUGCUUGUUUCAGUGCUUGAGUGACCCAAAGAACUGUGCUUAUUCAUUGUUUUCACAGGCAGUUACAGCAAAAACACACCAGCAAAAAAAAUAACUGAAAUAAAAUAAAAUUCACAACUACUAUCACAAACCACCAAGGAAGGAGUGCUAUGGAGGUCCUGGGUGGACAGCUUGACUGCUUGUGAUACAGUGAGGUUUACCCAAGACUGCAGCUUGUCUGGCUCACAAAACUCAGAUCAAACUUUGAAACAAUGCGUUGCAGAUCAAAUAUGAAUCAAGAUUCAGCAACUGCACUGUUUAUUUCUUGUGUAAAAUGUUUUCAGAAAUGUAUUUUAGUUCACUGUUUAGGAGGAAUAGGAGAAUGUUUUGUCAACGGUCUGCCAUAUUGUUCUCUUUUGCCAAAACCAAUGAGCGCAGUCUUUCCACCAAUCAGGUUCUGACAGUGUUCUGUGUUGGAAAAUCUGUUCAUACGUGUGGUUCCUGCAUGAGGCCCAAUGUAUUUUAUCAUUUGGAGCUUGAAAAUGCAUAAUUGGAGCUGCGGUGGCGCAACAGGCUAAGGCGCAGUAGACUUGCGGUUGCAGUUUGCUGCAGUUGCACACCGGGGACCGGGGUUCGAUUCUCGGUCCUGCCAAAAGCCAAGUUUGGCCGGCUCACGUGGGGCAGCAAUAAUUGGCUCGCUGCUCCAGAGGGAGGGACUUGGCAGGGUUAUUAGAUCGCUGCACAAUAAGCACCUCGGGCGCCUCGGAAUCACGGCAACGGGCACGAGACGAGACAGCUUGAAGAAGGCGUGUCGCUCUCAUUCGGGCUGCCGAGGGACGGGGUACGGGCGGUACAUCUAAUACGACUACCUCCAAUUGAAUCAGACGAGGUACAAUUGGCUACCAAAUUGGGAGAAAAAGGGAAAAAUCUGAAAAAAAAAAAAAAAGAAUAUAAGAAAAUGCAUAAUUAGUGAUACUUCCAUACCCUAUUUGGUUGAUCAGUCCGUCCAUAAUUCUGAUAUUCAUAUCUCUGAGGUUCUACAAUAGUUAAUUCGAGCUGCUGUCUGUCAAACUCAUAAUUAUGUUGUGUCGAGCUAAAAUAAACAAUAUGGAAAAAGUAACUCUUACUUACGACCUGUGAAAUCAAAACCAAGGGAGCCCUUCCAUCCUGAAGAAAGGCUUAACAUCAACUGAUGAUACUUCUGUUUAUAGAAAGAUCUGACCUUGUGCAGUUUCUAUAAGGUGUGUAACUUGUGAUUCAAAAAGGAGGAGUAUUCCUCUUGUGCUGUUGGUGCUGGUUGAUUCUGCUUCAACUUUGUUGCCUCAGUGAUGCAACCUGGGGAAGAACCAGUCAGAGAAUUGAUAGUUGUAAGUUGCCAUGUCUUCUCCAUCUACCUAUAAAGCAAAGAUGACCAGUAUCAUGCACCAAGCUGACUUUCACCCUUCUUAAGGACAUGUACAUAGUGUAGAUAAACUUCCUGAGAUUGUGAAAAAAGUUUAUUUAUAGGGAUGAUUUUGUGGUUGGGUGUUGUGGGAAUAAAAUAUGCAAGGAAAAAAACACUUGAACUGGAAUUUUUCUGAGUGGAUUUUCUGGAUUUGUUGUCAUGCUAAUAUUUUGUAAGGAGCCUGCAAAGUAAGUUUUGUGUUUAUGAUCGUUAUUGUUGUUGAGAAUGUAAAUAAACUAUUUCUAAAGAAUUAUUUUAAUUAAAUAAAGCAUGACUGGACAAACAG